AUGAGUGUCGCGUUUGCCUUCGUGCCGCUCUACGAGGCCUUCUGUCAGAGCACGGGAUACGGCGGAUACGUGCAGAUUCGGAACACCCACGGCGGGAGAAAAAGUGGAGAGGAGGAGCUCGUCCCCUCCAGAGAACGCUCUGGAGAGGAAGACGAAGUUCUUUUGGAAAUUGAUUUCGCUUCGCACUGCAACGUCCCCUGGGAUUUCGAACCCCUGCAGAAACGCUUGAUUGUCGCGCCCGGUGAAUCUGCUCUCGCCUUCUAUCGCGCCCGCAACAAACUGGAUAGGCCUGUGAUAGGUAUUUCACUGUAUAACGUCAUGCCGCCCGAGGCAGGCAUAUAUUUCAACAAGAUUCAGUGUUUCUGUUUCGAGGAACAAAUGCUCAAUCCACAUGAGGAAGUCGACAUGCCUGUCUUCUUCUUCAUUGACCCCGACAUUCUGGAUGACCCUCGCCUCGAGCAAAUGAAGAGAAUAACGCUCUCUUACGUCUUCAACGAGUCCGAUGCCGACAUACCCGAGGACUACAAAAAUUUACCAGGUGCCAAGCCGACGGACAAAAAGCCUCCUGUCGUGGAGAUCUAA